AUGGCCUCCUAUGCAAAUAGGCGAUCUUGGGGCAACUCAAGCCACCGAGGAGGAUUCUACAGCUCCACGAAGCGCGAUCCCACGAAACAACUUUGUGUGCACUUUCAACGUGGCAGGUGUCACUACGGUGAUAGGUGCAAGUUCUCCCAUGAUGCGGCAAAGGCUGCUCACCCCAGGCCAGGUCAGAUUGCCAAUCGUGCCACCACAGCCCACGAUCAAGCCUCUCGGGAUCAGUACUUUGACUGGAAGAGAUACCUCAGAAGGGGGAUCUCGCGACAAGACAAGUCUCACGAGAAAUGCGGAGAAAUCUUGCGGUUCUGGAACGAAGCUCUCGAAAUACUUCAAAGCGACAACAAAGAUAAUCAUCAGUUCUUGAUCAAAGACCUUGUGGAUGACUCUCUUCAUGGGUACGACUUUGUCUUGGCGACUACAGAUGCAGGCAAAGCAGAUCUGGAAUCACCAUCGGCUACAAGUUACGACGAACCGUUUCUCAAAUUUGUAACUCAUCCCGCUCUCUUGAAUUGUUUGUCGGUUGAUACAUUUGUGGGCACUCUGUAUGCGUUUCUCGGCGGUACGAAUGGAGAUCGCGCAAUCCAAUAUUUGAGAGGAGUUUGCAAAAGCUGGAAUGACAAUCGCAACAAACGGUGUAUCUCUCUCGAGCAGGUGAAGUUGCUGUUGAGCACUCUGCACGAGGUUUUGUCGCGGAUCCAACGCGCUCGCUUCCACGAUGAGCUUACAGCACUACUUGAAUCAAUUCAGGAACUGAUGCACUCAAUCACUGAGACAUCGUCGCAAGCUGAUAUGGAUGGUCUUGAGAGCAAAUUGAGGGUAAUGAGGAGCCUGAUCACUAGCGCAAACGGCAAUCUCUCGACACCCGCGGCACCAAACGAGACAACUCAACACAACGAAGCGGUUCUGUCAACCUUCCCGCUCGAUCUACAAACACCUGGUGGAAGACACGACAACGACUUUGCAGAAAUCUCCCGGAUCGGGAUUUUUCCGACAUGUGGAGAGAUUAUUAGCGGUCAUUCCGAGUACCUCCCUUCUACCAACUUCCUUCAGCCGCACAUUCUCCCAGACCCACUACAAAGAUACAUCGACUCGACGUUCCGACUACUGCGACAUGAUGUUUUUGGCUCGUCAAAAGACAUACUGCGGGACCUACUGCUGCAGGAUGAUUUGACACAAGCUUCAAAAAUCUCAAGCAAGGACAACGCAGCGCAUAUCUACCUUGAAGCGCGGGUCCCGCAGAUUUUUAUCAACGAGAGAAAAGAGCUCGAAGCGACCGUUUCCUUCUCGGCACCCCCACAGGUGCGCAGAAAGACGUCCGGAGAGCAGUGCAAAUGGUGGCAAGAUUCCAAUCGACUCGAAGAGGGAAGCCUAGUGUGCUUUUUGACAUCUCAAAGCCUUCAAAGGAGGCUCAUCUUCCUUGAAGUGACACAAAAAAAUACUUCUAGGAAUGAAGUCCAACAAAACAAGAGCAGUCUUGUCUCUGACAAGCAUCCACCCAGUGUCAGCGUCAAGCUUGCUGUGUGCCAACAACAAGAGCUGAUUUUCCUGGCCCAGCUCUAUCGUCAACGCAUCAGCGGCAUUCUAGUCGAUUUUCACGGCUUAAUCCCCGCCACAUUUGCCCCUAUUCUGAGAAAUCUUCAACGAAUUCAACGUGAGGGAGACCUGGCAUUCCAGAAAUGGAUCUUGCCCGGACUUGCAGAUGACGGGGAGAGUCACCGCAUACCCCCACCGGCAUACGCACGCAAAAUGGGGUUUCGCUUUCCUUUGACUGCCAUUGCCAAAUCCAAAACGGAAAAUCUUGUGUUGGACCCAAACUAUCCAGCCUCUAUUGAUACUUCGAAUCUGCAACAUCAGACAGGUCUCGAUCUUGGUCAAUGCCAUGGACUCAUUGCAGCGCUUACGCGAGAGUAUGCCCUUGUUCAAGGCCCUCCAGGCACUGGCAAGUCAUAUUUGGGUGUUAAGCUCGUUCAGGUCCUCCUUGGGAUCAAAAGAAAUGCAGAUUUGGGCCCGAUCCUUGUUAUUUGUUACACGAAUCAUGCUCUAGAUCAGUUUUUGAAACACCUCCUUGAUGUGGGUAUCCAAAAAAUCAUACGUAUUGGCGGCCGCAGCCAGGCUACCGAACUCGAAGGAAAAAACCUUCGUGUUGUCAGCAAAGCGAUCGACAAGACAAGAGUUGAGUCACAGUCACUCGGAAAGUCUUUUGGAGAGCUCGAGGAGUGCAUGAAAAGCGCCGAGCAUGCCAUGAAACCCCUCCAUCAGUCCAAGAAAGGCCUUUCUUGGGCAACGCUUGAACAUUUUGUGCAAGAAAGAUGGCCCAAGAUCCAUCGACAGCUGCAGGAGACAGAUGCAGAUGGAUUCACCAUUGUCACAGGUGACAAGCUACUCGAUUGGCUUGGGAAAAAGUCGUUCCGGAUCUAUGAUAGCGAUGAUAAAAUUGAAGACGACGAUCCGCGCUUGGAGGCUCUCACACAGGCGGCGAAUGCGAACAUUCAUAUUCUCUCAGUGCGGGAUCGUCAGAUCCUCGCAACAAGUUGGUUCAAAAUGUGGCAGAACCAUAGAACCGAUUUGCUUUUUGAGGCUAUUGAUCAUGCUGCGUCCAUUCGCAACAACAUCAAUGCAGUCCACGAUGAGAUCAAUCGUCGCGCUUUGAUUCAGGCCGACGUGAUUGGAAUCACUACUACAGCUCUAGCGCGCAAUAUUGAGACACUGCGCCGUCUGGGGACAAAAGUUGUCGUGUGUGAGGAAGCAGCCGAAGUCAUGGAGGCCCACGUUAUCUCGGCCUUGAUGCCAGGCGUGGAACACUUUAUUCAGAUUGGAGAUCACCGACAACUGCGACCGCAGAUACAAAAUCACUCACUUAGUCUCGAGACAUCCACGGGAAGAACAUGGCAGUUGGAUCGAAGCCAAUUCGAGAGGCGCGCUGUUGGUGAACCGGGUCUCGACCCAGCCCCUGUCGCACAACUCAACGUGCAGCGAAGAAUGAGACCCGAGAUCUCUCAACUGAUCAGGACGGUCUAUCCACGGCUCCAAGAUCAUGAAAGCGUGACGAAUCUACCGAAUGUUAUCGGAAUGCGACACAACCUCUUUUGGCUUGAUCAUCGGUACCCUGAAGAUUCGAGAGACGAUGGGAGCCGUGUCAAAUCGCGCAGUAAUCAAUGGGAGGUUGAGAUGACGACUGCUCUGGUCCGGCAUCUGGUCCGGCAAGGAGAAUACAAAAGCACCGAUAUCGCGCUUUUGACGCCAUAUACCGGGCAGCUACGAAAGCUCAGGGCAUCAUUGAGUAGUGACUUUGAAAUAUGUCUCAGCGAGCGGGAUUUGGAGACCCUAGCUUCCGAUGGGCUCGACGACUUUGAAGAUGAGAAAUCCAAGCCAAAUGCCCGUCAGUCACUUGAAAAGAAGACACUUCUACAGACCCUGCGCCUAGCUACAGUCGAUAACUUCCAAGGCGAGGAGGCAAAAGUGAUUGUUGUCUCCUUGGUUCGCAGCAAUCCGAAGCGCAAAGUUGGUUUUCUCCGCACCGAAAACCGCAUCAAUGUUCUUCUCAGUCGAGCUCAACAUGGCAUGUAUCUGAUCGGGAAUGCUGAAACAUAUCUCAAUGUGCCCAUGUGGGCGGAUGUUCACUCUCGACUCGCAUGUGCAAAUGCGGUAGGCACGGAAUUAGCCCUCUGUUGCCCUCGUCACCCUGAUUCACCCAUUUUCUGUUCAGAACCUAGUGACUUUGAAAGGAAGAGUCCAGAAGGCGGAUGCAUUCUUCCCUGCACCCGUCGACUCGAGCCAUGUGGCCAUCAAUGCCAGGCUAAAUGUCACUCAACGGUCAUGCAUGACGGCUUCGCUUGUGGGAAGCCUUGCCAACGAAUCCGAUCCACCUGUGACCACGAAUGCCCCAAGCUCUGUGGAGAGAGUUGUGGUCCUUGCAUGGUGAAAAUCGAAAACGUGGAGCUUCCUUGCGGCCAUAUCAAGAAGACAGUCUUUUGUCAUCGGAUGUCACACUUGAAAGACAUCAAGUGUGAUUUUGAGGUUGAAAAGCUUGUGCCAAAAUGUGGUCAUACAGUUCAGGUCGGCUGUUACAGAGAUGUCACUUCACCCAUCUUUCGUUGUCCCACACCAUGUGACGCAAUUCUUAGCUGUGGCCACAAUUGCGUUGGCACCUGCGGAGAAUGUCUGGACGAGGUCAUAGACGGGGAGAGAAAAUACGCACAUACAGACUGCAAGAAAAUAUGCGACCGUCUAUAUGGCGGGUGCAAUCAUAGAUGCCCCAAAGUGUGCCAUUCUGGCAAGAGCUGUGGUCAUUGUGAAGCAAAAUGCGAGUGCGGUAACAAGGGCGACGUGCGUGUCGACCUUGUUGAGCUCAAGACUUAUUCCGAGAUCGAUCUCGAUGAAAGUCCCAUCAUUGUUCUUGGAUGUGGGCAUUUCUUCACGAGUGAGUCGGUCGAUGGAAUGGUUGGUCUGGAUGAAGUGUACACGAGAGACAAGACUGGAAAGUUCAAUGGUCUGCGAAACGCCUCGUCUUCCCUUGCAGACAAUGUACCAUCAUGUCCGGACUGCAAACAGCCCAUUCGUCAAUUCGUGACCAAGCGGUACAAUCGGGUGAUCAAUCGUGCUGUCAUGGACGAGACCUGCAAGCGUUUCCUGAUUGACGGUCGCACUAGGCUCGGAGGUCUUGAAUCUGUCUUGGAUAGAAUUGAAGACGAACUCAAGUCUGAUCCUGCGAAUUUUUUGACGGGAGAUACACGGCAUAAACAGUGUGCGAAUCUAGCGGGGAUGGCUUUGGUACUCGGCAGGAACACGGCCAUCGAGAACCAGCCGAGCAAGCGACUCAUGGAUGCCAUCAUCACCUGUCAGAAGUCAUCCGAAAGUGAUAUUGCCACUCUUCUUACGAAAAUGAAGACGCUCAACAUAGCACCACGAGAUUCAGACAACCAGAUCAGCCUCGGCGCACGUCUACUUCAUUUCAAAGCCAAGGAAGUCAUUCGCAGCGAUAUCAUUAGAUUGAUGGAUUCAAACAAAAAGUCUCUCCAUCCACCCAGGAUAGAAUCUAAUCUCACACUAUCUUCUUGGACGAGGCUUUCCAAAGGAUGCAGGGAUUUAAUCACCCAGGCCAACGACGGACACUUCUUCCGCAUUUCUAUCGAGGCGACCAUCAUCUAUGCCAAGAUUAUCCAGCUGGAGGCCUGGUAUCGUCGCAAUGGCUCAAAACAGGGCACGUCUGACUCCGAGCCCAACCAAGAACCCGAACCAGAAAAGAUCGAAGAUCGGCUGCAGAGUACCCGCGAUCUUCUCGCCGCUGCGCUGGAGCGGUGCAACACAAUCGGAAAUUGUCUCGAUCUUCAAGUUAAAUUACAGGAGAUUGUGCGUCUUUUCGAAGGUCCCAGAUACGAGACAGUCACUCCGGAAGAGCUUCAAGCGAUCAAGACGGCUAUGGUUAGCGGAAGAGGAGGAAUUGCCACCCACUCUGGACACUGGUACAAUUGCGCCAACGGCCAUCCGUUUGCAAUCGGAGAGUGUGGCAUGCCGAUGGAGCAAGCCAGAUGCCCUGAGUGUGGAGCUCCGAUUGGAGGGCAGAAUCACACGGCCGUUGCGGGUGUGACUCGCGCGCGAGAAAUGGAGUAG